GGGGCCGGGGCGCUCCCGCUGCUGCCUUCCGGUUCCGGCGCGCGGUGCACGGCGGGAAGCUGGAGGAGGCCAUUAGGGUGUAGAGCCACAGCACUGCAAACAUGUCGAUUGGAGUGCCAAUUAAAGUCCUGCAUGAGGCUGAAGGUCAUAUUGUGACAUGUGAGACCAAUACAGGAGAAGUUUACCGAGGAAAACUUAUUGAAGCAGAAGACAACAUGAAUUGUCAGAUGUCCAACAUAACGGUGACAUACAGAGAUGGACGAGUGGCACAGCUUGAACAAGUGUACAUCAGAGGUAGCAAGAUACGAUUUCUCAUUUUACCAGAUAUGUUGAAGAAUGCUCCUAUGCUAAAGAGCAUGAAGAAUAAAAACCAGGGUUCUGGAGCUGGGCGAGGAAAAGCAGCUAUUCUCAAAGCUCAAGUGGCUGCAAGAGGAAGAGGCCGUGGUAUGGGUCGUGGCAACAUCUUCCAGAAGCGAAGAUAAUUUUGGUCUUGACCAACAUGCUUUUUUUAUUAGGGGGUAUUAACUUGACUACAUGUGCAUUGGUAUCAGUUUUGUUUAAUAAAUGUUUCUGACAAAAACUUGUCUGCUCUUACAUGACAGGACUUCUCUUGGGCAAAUACACUGUAGGUUGAUUUCAAACUUAAAAUAGCUUUGUCUGGAAAAUAGUGGACUUUAUAUUGACUAUUUUGUAUUUGUGUGAUGCAUUGACUUUUAAAGAUGGUGUUUCCUUUUUCUUGUUUAGUCCUGUUGUCAUUCAUUCUCUAAAGAAUUAGAAGGCAUUCUUGAUGAAGAGUUUUUAAAUAGUACGUUUUAAAGUCAUAUUAGCAGCUGCAUUUAUGGAAAAUACAGCGAAACAGAGGCAGCUUCCCAAGAAGCAAAGCACUAUGUUCUUUUGCUUUAUAUGAACCUACAAUAGAUAGAGGUCCAUCUUCAGGUCUGUGCAUUGAGCUUGUAUUCUUGCGUUUCUUAUUUUUCUCUUUGGAUAGAGGGAGAAUUUUUCAUUAGAAACACAACUUUGAUAGCCUGAGUCUAUAUUUGCAGUGAAGAAUUCUAUUCUAACUCUCUUAGUGGUUUUUCCCUCUGCCUGGGAAAAGAAGACAGAAUAUAAAAUAGGCAUUUUCAAGGAUAAACUUGAAAUGUUUUGUAAAUUUGAAAGGUAGUGCAGGUGUAUGGGGAAGGUCUUAUAAAUGGUUAUCUGUUAAAUACAACUCAAUACAAAUGCUAAUCUGAACAAAACUUAGGAUCAACUUUAGCUUUUGGUCUUAACAUCUAUACAGAGUCAUAUAGAUCAUCGGCUGAUCUGCAGGAAGCCAAAUGUAGUUGUAACUUUAGUUUAUUUUGCGAAAAGUAUAGUGUGGUUGUUCUUACUGACUUAAAUGGUUGAAAUGUUUAAAUGUAACACCUCUGUACCUAAUUACAUACUUGCACACAAUCAGUUAUCAGGCUGUACAUGUGCAAAAUAGCUAGUCUUGCUUUUCUGCUCUGAUGCUGUGAAGACUCCCUUGUGUGCAGACAUGAAAGUUGAACUAAUGUAUUAAUUUGUUGAAUUGUCUGUAAAUAAAGCUGUAUUUGGUCUCACAUCA